AUGGCUCCUUUCAACUUGAUCGCAGUUUCCCUCCUCAGCUGCUUGUCCAGCAUUGCAUUGGGAGCUCCUACUGCAACUAGCAACGAGGCAAACCUCCUAGGAAAGCGUGCAAGCGUUGACGACGUUGCUACUGGUUAUGCCAGCCUGAAUGGAGGCACCAAGGGUGGUGCCGGUGGAACCACUACCACUGUUUCGUCAUACGCUGCCUUCACAGCCGCCGUCGAGAGCGAUGAUGCUAAGGUCGUCUUUGUGAGCGGCACUAUCUCGCAGAAGGCCGACCAAGUUCGUGUUGGAAGCAACACUAGCAUCAUUGGCAAGGACGCAAAAGCCAUCUUGGACGGCUUUGGCCUCCUGGUCAAAGAAAAGACCAACGUCAUCAUCCGCAACCUUGGCGUGAAGAAGGUGCUUGCCGAUAACGGCGACGCCAUUGGCAUCCAAAAAUCAACCAACGUGUGGGUUGACCACUGCGACGUGUCGUCCGACAUGGACCACGACAAGGACUACUACGACGGACUUAUCGAUGUUACCCACGCCGCCGACUACGUCACUAUCUCCAACAACUUCAUCCACGAUCACUACAAGGCCUCCCUGAUCGGACACUCCAACAGCAACAGCGCCGAGGACACCGGUCACCUGCUCGUCACCCAGAAUAACAACUUCUGGAACAACCUCAACUCGCGUGGACCUUCUUUCCGCUUCGGUACUGGUCACAUCUACAACAACUACUACCUGAACGUCGCCGACGGCAUCAACACCCGCAAGGGCGCCCAGCUCCUCGUCGAGUCUAACAAAUUUGUUGGUAGCAAGAAGCCCCUUUACUCUACUGAUGACGGCUAUGCUGUGGACAAUGACAACGACUUCGGUGAUGCAUCCAACACUGCUUUGGCUGGAACCCUCAAGUCUGUUCCCUACAGCUACACCCUCCUUGGCUCGUCCAAGGUGGAGGCUGGUGUCGUUGGCACUGCUGGUCAGACCCUUGUCUUCUGA